CUUUCCUUUUGGUUUGAAACACAAACCAUCCUUCCUCUCUGGAGUUUCCAUUCUCCUCCUCCUCCCCCCCCCUACAGAAAUUUCUUUUCGCAUCUUCUUUUAGAAUCAACCCGAAGCUUCUUUUUCCACUGUACUCUCCAAAGAGAAGACAUGGUGAGCGAUGUUGAACCAAACAGAGGCACUGAUAAUAUUAAGUUCCUCUGCAGUUACGGUGGUAAGAUUCUUCCACGAUCCGUUGAUGGAAAAGUUCGUUAUGUUGGUGGUUUUACCAGAAUUCUAACCGUCAAUCCUACUAUAUCCUUUACAGAACUCAUGGUUAAGCUUGGAGAAUUUUGUGGAUAUUCCGUGGAAUUGAGGUGUCAAUUACCGAAUGGAAACUUGGAGAUGCUAAUUUCUAUAAAAUCAGACGAGGAAUUAGCGCUUCUCAUUGAAGAAUAUGAUCUGCGUUGUCCUGGUUCGAAGGUUAGAGCAGUUCUCUCCCCUCCAGCGUCACUCAAAACCGUCUCUCCUCCUCCAUCAUCUCCUGCAAGUAUCGAUUUCUAUCCAGUGAAAUCGCCUUUUAGCGCAUUCUCUCACCGACGAUCUGGAAAUUAUUCACCGCUGAUCGGAUAUCCUAUUUGUGUUUAUAAAGACUCCUGCAGAGUCCGGUACAGUGCUUUUCAUGGACAAGUACACCCUGGAUUAGUUUAUUGUGACUCUUACUGCAACGGACAAGCAAACCCUAGAUUACGUUGUUGUGACCUUUGCUACAGCAAGAACUGGCAAUAACAGUUCAAAAGCCACAAAUCUGGGAUUAGUUAAUUAGCCUUUAUAUAUUAAAAACAUAGAUGAUGAAAUGGUAGGGAAAAAAAUUACAGAGCGACGGCGAAGCUUUGGUAUGCGAUUGAUAGUAGAUUUGAGUAAGAAUUUUAAUUGCGUGAAUUUGUUGCCCCGUGAGUGUUGAUUGCUUGUUCCGAUAUUAUGCCUACGAUUGCGGCCGUUAAGACAAGCAGGUAGAUAUUGUGAUAUGCAUGUGCCACGUGGGCGUCAGUGACCGUCACAGGGGGAUUUAAUGUUCCGUUAUUACAGACAGGUCCUUGAAUUCCUUCUAAAUUUUGAGGCAAUCUACAGUUUGAGUUGGUUUUACUGCGGAAACGUAGGUGAUAUAACCUUGACUGGUCUAUAAGAAAGAAUGCCUGGUGCCCUGGUCUUAGGUGGCGGGACGUGGCUGGCGUGCUGCUUCUGCUUUGAUUUGAAUUUUUUUAAAUAAUCGAUUGGGUCAAAACUUGUGGGUUGACUGGUGUCCUGAUCUAUUUUUUUGGUGAUUUGCAGGUUAAGAAAUGGCAAGGAAUCAGAUGAGAAUGUAUCUUUGCCGUGGAUCUGCGGAGAAGCAUCUAAGAAACGCGCAUCCAUUGAACUUCCUUGAAUUUUGGACCUCAUAAUUAAAAUAAGAGAAAUAAGAGAAAUACAAAGAAUUUUAAAAUAUAAACAAAGGAGUCUCACGUUAAAAAAAGAAUGAAAUUCACUUUAUUAUUUGUUA